GUGGGUUUCCCGUCGGCCGCCAGCUCGGUCUCCGCCGGGCCGGGGCCUGGGACGCGUCGUCGCUAGGGUUGGCCCCGCGCCUCUCCUGCGUCCCCGUUGGCGUUGCCCUUCUGCAAGACCAUGAAACCAGCGUGCACGCCCCUCCAGAAGCUGUUGUCCAUGACAAUCUAGUUUUCCCGUAUAAAUCCUCUUAAGUCACUUAUGAAGUUUCUUGUUCAGAAAUUGCAGUACUGCAAUGAAGAAAAGGAGAAAGGUUACUUCAAAUCUUGAUGAGAAGAUCCAUCUAGGCUAUCAUAAAGAUUCUUCAGAAGGAAAUGCUGGGUUGGAGUGUGACCAAGUGACCUAUACACACUCCACAGAAAGACCAACUCCUGAAGCCCUUCACUGUUAUCAGGAACUUCCUCCCUCUCCAGAUCAGAGAAAACUUUUGAGUUCUUUGCAGUACAAUAAGAACUUGCUCAAGUAUUUAAAUGAUGAUAGACAGAAGCAACCAUCGUUUUGUGAUUUGCUUAUCAUAGUAGAAGGAAAGGAAUUUAGUGCACAUAAAGUCGUAGUUGCUGUUGGCAGUAGUUAUUUUCAUGCAUGUUUGAGCAAAAAUCCAAGCACUGAUGUUGUCACCCUGGAUCACGUAACACAUUCAGUUUUUCAACAUUUGCUUGAAUUUCUUUACACAUCAGAGUUUUUUGUGUACAAAUAUGAAAUACCUCUUGUUUUGGAGGCUGCAAAAUUUUUGGACAUUAUAGAUGCAGUAAAGCUGCUAAACAAUGAAAACGUUGCCACUUUUCAGUCAGAGCUCACUGAGAAAUCAUCAACCGAAGAAACAUUAAAUGAAUUAACUGGAAGACUAUCAAGUAAUCAUCAAUGCAAAUUCUGUAGUAGACAUUUUUGCUAUAAGAAGUCUUUAGAGAAUCAUUUGGCUAAGACUCACAGGUCCCUCUUAUUAGGGAAAAAACAUGGGUUAAAAAUGCUGGAGAGAAGUUUUUCUGCAAGGAGAUCAAAAAGGAACCGAAAGUGUCCAGUUAAGUUUGAUGACACUAGUGAUGAUGAACAAGAGAGUGGAGAUGGGUCAGACAAUUUGAAUCAAGAAAGCUAUGAUAGGGAGAAGUCAGAUAGAAAUGACUCUGAGGAUCCUGGGAGUGACUAUAAUGCUGAAGAUGAUGAGCUAGAGGAGGACAUGUCUGAUGAGUAUUCCGACACUGAGCAAAGUGAGAAAGAUAAUGAUGCAGAGGAUGAGCCUGAAGCAGGUGAUUCUGUAGGAAGUGUUCAUGAGGGGUUAGCACCAGUUAUCAUCCACAAUAGUAACAAGAAAAUCCUACAGUGUCCCAAAUGUGACAAAACAUUUGACCGCAUAGGGAAAUAUGAGAGUCACACCCGUGUGCAUACAGGUGAGAAGCCUUUUGAAUGUGAUAUUUGUCACCAGCGUUAUUCGACAAAGUCUAACUUAACUGUUCACAGAAAGAAGCACAGUAAUGAAACAGAAUUUCAUAAGAAGGAGCACAAAUGCCCUUACUGUAAUAAACUUCAUGCAAGCAAGAAGACGUUAGCCAAGCAUGUUAAGAGAUUUCACCCUGAAAAUGCACAAGAAUUUAUUUCCAUCAAGAAGACUAAGAGUGAAAGUUGGAAAUGUGAUAUUUGUAAGAAGUCUUUUACUCGGAGGCCACACUUGGAGGAACACAUGAUUCUACAUUCACAAGAUAAACCUUUUAAGUGUACCUAUUGCGAAGAGCAUUUCAAGUCUCGGUUUGCACGGUUAAAGCAUCAGGAGAAGUUCCACCUGGGUCCCUUUCCAUGUGAUAUCUGUGGUCGCCAGUUCAAUGAUACUGGAAAUUUGAAACGCCAUAUAGAAUGUACUCAUGGUGGAAAGAGGAAAUGGACUUGCUUUAUUUGUGGGAAAUCAGUACGAGAAAGGACUACUUUGAAAGAACAUUUGAGAAUCCAUAGUGGAGAGAAGCCUCAUCUUUGUAGUAUCUGUGGGCAAAGUUUUCGUCAUGGAAGCUCAUACAGACUUCACUUACGUGUACAUCAUGAUGACAAAAGAUAUGAAUGUGAUGAAUGUGGGAAAACAUUUAUUCGUCAUGACCAUCUUACAAAACACAAAAAAAUACAUUCUGGUGAAAAAGCUCAUCAGUGUGAAGAAUGUGGAAAAUGUUUUGGUCGUAGAGAUCACCUCACUGUUCAUUACAAAAGUGUACAUCUUGGAGAGAAAGUGUGGCAAAAAUAUAAAGCAACAUUUCAUCAAUGUGAUGUUUGUAAGAAAAUAUUUAAAGGAAAAUCAAGUUUGGAAAUGCAUUUUCGGACACAUUCAGGUGAGAAACCAUACAAGUGUCAAAUUUGCAAUCAGUCUUUUAGAAUUAAGAAAACUUUAACAAAGCACCUGGUUAUUCAUUCUGAUGCCCGACCUUUCAACUGUCAGCACUGCAAUGCAACAUUUAAGCGGAAAGACAAGCUGAAAUACCAUAUUGACCAUGUUCAUGGAAUAAAAUCUCCUGAUGAUUCUCUCAGUACUUCUGAGGAAAAGAUUGUGUCCUUGCCAGUAGAGUACUCAUCUGAUGAUAAAAUCUUUCAAACAGAAACAAAACAAUACUUAGACCAACCCAAAGUUUAUCAGUCAGAAGCCAAGACUAUGUUACAGAAUGUGUCUGCUGAAGUGUGUGUUCCAGUAACAUUGGUUCCAGUUCAGAUGCCUGACACACCCAGUGAUCUGGUGCAUCAUACUACCACCCUUCCGCCAUCUUCCCAUGAGAUCCUGUCACCACAGCCACAAUCAACUGAUUACCCUCGGGCAGCUGAUUUAGCUUUUCUGGAAAAAUAUACUCUUACUCCUCAGCCUGCAAAUAUAGUUCAUCCAGUCCGACCUGAACAAAUGCUAGAUCCCAGAGAACAGUCUUAUCUUGGAACAUUACUGGGCCUUGAUAACACUACUGCUGUUCAAAAUAUGUCCACUAGUGAGCACCAUUCAUGAGGAAACAUUCCGCACAGGUUGAUGGUUAUGUGCUAAUAGCCAGUAGCUCCUGGUAUUUAAAUUGGUGGGACUGCUAUUUUCAUUUUUUUUCUAGUUUUUCUAGUGCUCAGAGCAAUUUCAAAUCAAGAAAAGGAUGUAAGGAUGUGUUUUUUUGACUGAACAUGUAACUGUUUGAACACAUCUGACAUAUUUGAAGUAUACAUUUUUUUUGCAAUUUUUAAAGAUUAUUUAGUAGUAACUAUUUAACAAGUUCUCCAACUUUUCAGAUUUAUUAGUUGCUGACAUUAGGGAGUUUUUUGUUUUUUAACUUUCAUUUAAGUCAUCAGUGGAUUGGUUUUUAUUUUUUAUUUUUGUCUUUUUGAGUCAGGGUCUUGGUCUAUAGUCAAGGCUGGCCAUGAACCUAUGGCAGUUCUCUUGCAUCAGCCAUUCAAAUGCUGAAUUACAGGCAGUUAGGAAAUUUUUAUUCUUUUGUUUCGUCGUCUUUUCCAUCUUGCAUACAAAUUUAAAGGUAUGUAGCCUUUAAGAGUACAUUGUGAUUAGGAAUGUUUCUUAAUCCAAAUUUAAACUUCAUCAUUUUAUCUAGAGUUUUAAAAUUGAAAUUAGGAAUUGAAUAUAUGUGAAAAUCUUGGAUAUGUUGCCUUGUCAUCUAGCUAUAAUGUUAGUUUAUCAUUAUACCUUGAGCCUUUGAAAUACUGAGAUCCAAAAGCUAAUUAAUGUUAGAUUAGCAAGAUAAAUAUAGGAUGAACUUUUUAAAUUCAGAUAAUUGGGUUUUGCCUGUACUGAACUAUGAUGAGUAACAAAUGCAAACAAAGGUCUAAAUUAUCAAGUUGAAGACACAUUAGUGGAAAAAUGACAGUUUUAACUAGAUAUCUUCAAAGUCAGGUCACUUUUUGUAUUUUGCCAUUAUUUCAGAAACAGUAUGUCACAGCAUCUGUAUACAACUAACUAAUGACAUUCAAUUGAACACCAUGUUAUUGGUUUCAGUACUUUGACUGAAACUGCAAAAUAGUCCUAGAUAGUUCAUUUAUCAUUGUUAGCAAAUGUGCCAAACACAUUCUCAAAUUUGCACCUAAUUUAAUUUAAUAUUUGUUUUAUAGAAUGAAACUAUUAUUUGUACUCGAUUUACAUUCAGUCUAUAACUUCUAUUUUUGCUUUUAUAUUUGCCUACUGUAUAAUUUUCCUUGAUUUUUAUUUUUAAAUUAGAUGAAAGUUGAGGACUUGGUAAAGGGAAAUAGCAGCUAUCGCAAAACAUUUCUGACCAAAUUUUACUGAGGAUAAGGUCUGUCAAAAUUAUAAAAUACCUUUAAAGAUUUGCACUUUUCAUUUUUUUAAAGUCAACUUAAGACUUAAGGUAGGAUGAGGUUUUCCUAGCAGGGUGCUUGAGGGUUAGACUAGGCAGGGUUGAUUGAUUAUUAACAUGCAAUUUGUAUAUAAACUACUGGCAAAUAGCAGUUUUAAAAUAUUUCUAUUUCAUUUUUGUUUACACUCCUAAUUGCUUUAAGCACUUUGUGUGUGUGUGUAAACUAUGAAGUCUGGCCUGGCCCUUAUGUGAAAAAAAAUCACAAAUAAAAUAAUGAACUUUUAGGGGAUAAAAUGUAAUCAGUUAGUAAUGAAGUUAACUGUUGAGCACUUAAGAAAUGAAGGUACUUUAUAGGAACAUUUGCCAUAUUAGUGGUGAUAGAACAAAGAGUGAGUUAAGAAUUGAGGCAGUUAACCAAAGUAGCUAAUAUAAAUAAUAAAGCUAAUCUGUGUCUUGCCUCACUUAUCAAAGUUUGGUUGUAAUCAUCUUAGCACCAGUAGGUAUAAUUUAGUAUUAUAUCUUGUUUUUAAAGUAUUCUUAUUUACUUUGUGUGGAAAUGUUAUAUCUGAGGUACUUACAUGAUUAUGCUUGACUAUGAGGUACUAUGAGUUAUAGUCUUUCAAAUUGACUUAAAAUACAUCUUUAUGGUUUUUUAACACAAACUGAAGACUUUAAGUGCAAACUCAGUUGUAUUGAAAACAAUUCAUUCCCAAAAGUACAUUCUGCCUUAUAGAUAAGUUAAUGUGGAAAAUUUUGGAAUUAUAAAAAGGUAAAUGGUAUAUAUGUGUGCCUAAAAAUGGUAUAUUGUGUAUUGGUUGACUGGUUGACAAAAAAGUAGGUUAUUGCAUUUUCAUGUUAAAAAGAAUACUUUGAUUUUAGAAGGUAUUUAGGAUUCUUUCAGCCAUGAUAUUCCAACACUUUAAAUAUAUAUGAUUUAAUUUCAAGAAUUACCUUACAUAGAACUCUUCUGGAAUAUAAUGCUUAUGUAAAGUGAAAUACAAUUGUGUAAUUGUAUUUAGUUCUUACUGUAGAUAAAUUUCAAAUAUGGUUUACUGUUCUCUAAAUACUUUGACAUGUUAUCUUAUUUGAAUCUCAUAAGCAGUUCUUAAAUAUAAAGGACAUAAUGUUUCCCAUCUUAGAGAGAAAGGAUCUGAGGUUAAAGUGAAAAUACUUUCAUUUAAUCUCGAGUGGAAAUAUUAACAUAGAAAGAAGAACUUAGCAUUCAUGGUUGCUUACUAUGUGCCAAGCACUAGGUUCUCAAUCUCAACACCAUCUGGGAGGUUAGUAAUACAAUUAUUUUGAACAAUUUAGAAACAAAGUGACAAAAACACAAAAACUAACCUGCUUCCUCUAAUUUCCAAAGCUGUAAGAACUUAGGUUUGGGCAAACUGAAUGUAUAUAUGCUUUUGAAGUUGGCACAAAUAGUAUAAAAUGAGGAAUACACUUUUUAGUUGACCUUUCUGUAACUCUAAAAUCAUUUUAUAUUAUAAUGGUCCUUAAAAUUUUGAAUCUCAUGACUAAGUUUAGAUUCAUUGAGAAUAUUUUAUUUUGUCAGUAUAAUUUAUUAUUUUAAGUUAAUUUUUAGUAUAUAGCAGUUAGUGCUUAAUCUGUAAGUGGAAUAAGUUAUUGAGUGCAGAAAUUUAUUAACAUACUGGGUUUUGACUUAAAUGCACCAAAGAAUUUUAGUAGGUAUUAAAUAGUUCAAAAGAAUUUUAAUUCUUUGUUUUUUGAAUAUAUAUUUGUUCCAAAGAAGCACAGUUGAUGUCCUUGGAUAAUGGAUUUUUUUAAAAAGUUAGCUUGAGUAGUGCGAUUAAGUAUUAAAUGUUUGUGUUUAUAUGUAUAAUGUACAAGCAGAGGAAAAUAACGAGGGAAUAGUCAUACUGAAAAACCAGUUACAAGUUAUAGUACUCACUUUUCCUCAGUUUAACUGAAUGAUAUUUUUUAGUAAACACUAUUAAAUGUGUUGAAUAAUAAGCUUAUAUUUACACUACAUUAUACAAAUAAUUUUUUGCCUUAGCAUUUUUUUAGGUCAAGUUGAGGUUAUUUUUAUAAGAAACUCCACCUGGUUUUUGGAGCCUGUAAUACUGUUUAAAGUUAGGGUUUGUUCCUCAUGCCAGUAAAAUAAUAUUGAGUCAACUAUAAACGUAGUAAAAUCACGUUCUUUUAAUUUAGACAUUUACUGCUGGGAAAAGAGGAGUAAAAAAUAGCAUUUAAAUUGGUGCUUUAAUAAGUGCCUGCCUUUAAGUGAUGGUAGGUCAUAAAUUACACUAAUUUUCUCUCUACCUUAAAAUGUGUCAGAACAUCUUUAUAGAGUGUCUGUAAAGUGUUAAGGGCUAAUAAGUAAAUAUCACUUAUUGUUUUUCACUCUCGAACCACAGACCAAUCAAACUGAUAAGUUUAUAAGCUUGAAUUUUCUUCCUAGUAUCCUACUCUAAUUUAUUAUGGGUAAAAAGUCAGAUUUUGAGCAUGAGCUUUUUGACAGUGUCCUUUUAUACCAUCUAUUAGGAGUUAAAUACUUUGUACUUCUUCAAAGUUUUAUAGUUGCUUAACCAUUGAUUCUGCUGGCUAGACUGUACUGGUUAAUAAAUUAUUUUUCUUUUGUUUUGGUUUUUGGUUUUGAGUCUUAUGAUAUGCUGCCUGCUGGUUAGGCAACAAUUCUUUUAGGUUGAUUUAUGUUUAUUUAGGAAAAUUGGCAAGUAGUAAUUGUGUGAAUAUUUAUUUUUAUUAUUUCUAUAUAAUUGUUUAAAUUUUACUGUGGCCUUUAUAAUAACUGUGAAAUUACUCCUGGGCCUGUCUCAAGAUGCUCAAGAAUCUGACAAAAUGAGCAGUGUAUGUCUCUUGUUUCUCUCCAUCUCUGUUCUCUUAAAAUAACCCAUUGCCAUGGCCACAUAGGUCUGCACUGAAUGACUUCUUAUUUCAGUUUGCCUAAAACUCAACAGAAGGUGAUGGUUUGAGAUGAGUCUCAUUAGGAGCACCAACAUCCCAGUCAGUAUGUAACUUGAGUUGAUGAACUCAGGAAGAAGUCAUAUUUGGAUAGUCUAAAAUGUAGUGCCAAAAUUAAAAUGACUGAAAGAUAUAUUCUUUAAUAAGGAACAAGUAGCAGUCCUCAAAAUUUAAUAAGUAAAAUUAUGGUAAAUGUUACUUGUUAGAGUAAAUAAUGGAUAAUAUGAGAAUAAUUUUCUAAAGAAUAUAUAGAAACUAAACAAUUCUAUAGAUCUACUCAUUUCUUUUGCACAUUUCCCUCAGUAUAGUCUGUAGUUUGCUUUUUUUGUUUUGUUUUUGUACUAGUGGUCUUUUUCCUCCAAUUUUUUUUCCUUAAGAUACUUUCCCACUAUAAUAUUAGCAUGGUUUUUGUUCUCUCUCUUUGGAGGUGACAUUAAUGUAAUAGAAGCAAUAGGAUUAGGUUGUGUGAAAAUGAGAGAAGGUGAUUUUGUUAGAGAAAGUGUUUCUGUUUUACUUACUCACAUUUCAACUUGUUAUGUUUUGAUCAUGAGUCUGAGUGACUUUUGAGAUCCCAAAAUAAUUUAGUACCUACAGCCAUUUUUAAAGAAAAUAGAAGGAUUAUAUUCAGGGACUAGAGGUUAUUCAAAGAUGAACAGAAUCCGUGUUGUCUCCCAAAUUUUUAGGUUAUAAAAAGUAACUACUGCUGGAGAUUCUAAAGCAUUGCUUGGAUGAAGAGCAUGUACACAUCUUAUUGUUAUUGUGCCUCUCUGUUUUCUAUUCCUGCUUGCCUAAAGUUGGAUAAUGUACUGUGGUGUAAUUAUAAAGUCCUUAUUCUUUCCAACAAUCAGACUCUUCUUGUUCCUGUAAUUAAAGCUAUUCUAGUUGAUGAGUGUGACUGCCAAAUGUAAUACCAAGCUGGGUAUUUAGCCUCUCCAUGUUCUGUAGUAACUGUUGUGUUUAAGGAGAGGUGUGAUGUACAUUAAAAUAGAAAUGAUUUUGAACUUA